ACUUUGUUCAGAAAGAAAUUGGAUUUGAAGGGAAGGUGCGAUCUGGAAUGCCGGCGGGGAAAAGUUACCGGAGGAGGAGAGAGGAGGAAUCGGAUGAGGAGGAAGAGCAGAGGGUGGUGGAGGUCAGAUUGGCGGUCAAGAUUUCACAGCAGUAAUUCAUUGUGGACUUCCCUGGAAUGGCUGACACUUAUUGCUCAUCCACAGUUGCCAAUUUGAUAUGACUGAGUGGCUCACCAGACUAUUUCAGGGAGGCAGUUAACCGUAUUGGUGUGGGAUUGGAGUUAUGGAGCUUCGACUAGGGGAUGACAGGAGAUUUCCUCCCCUAAAGAACAUUAGUGAAUUGAAUUCAAAUUUUCAAAACAUAUGGUCGAAACUAGAUGAACUGAAGGAAAUUCAGAGUCUAAGGAGAAGACAAAAUGGAGUGAGCGCUGCUGCCCUACUGGUUGGAGAGCAAGUACCAGAAGAAACGUCGACCGUGGAUGACCCUUUUAAAUUGAAGACUGGCGGUAUGAUUGACAUGAAGAUGAUAAAGGACAAAAAGCGAGAAAGGAUCGAAGAGGAAGACACGGACUUGAACCUGGGUACAUCAUUUUCCGUGGAGACAAACCGACGGGAUGAAGACGCCGACAUGAUGAAGUACAUUGAGACAGAGCUGAAGAGGAGGAAGGGAAUCCUGGAGAAUGAGGAACAGAAGGCGAAGGUCAAAAACCCAGAGGACCAACUCUAUGAGCUGCCCGAUAAUAUCAACGUCUCGUCUGCCAAACGUACAGAGGAAAUGUUAUCCAAUCAGAUGCUCAGUGGCAUUCCUGAGGUGGAUCUGGGAAUUGAUGCAAAAAUAAAGAAUAUUAUCAGCACAGAAGAGGCAAAAGCCCAGCUCCUGGCAGAACAGCGCAACAAAAAGAAGGAUAACGGUACCUCUUUCGUACCCACCAACAUCGCGGUCAAUUACGUUCAACACAACCGGUUUUACCGGGAGGAAUUGCACGCACCUGCAAAACGCAAUAAAGAGGAAGCCAAACCACGGCCCCUGAGAGUGGGCGAUACCGAUAAACCAGAACCUGAACAAUCACCUCCAAAUCGCAAACGUCCUUCCAAUGAAAAGGCUACAGAUGAUUACCAUUAUGAAAAGUUCAAGAAGAUGAGCAGAAGGUACUGACAGGCAGCUCGAUAUUUUGUUUUUGCUAUGAGAAUACCAGCAUCCUAAACUCCUUGUGUAAAAACAAGACUGGUAAGUUUAAAACUGUUUUUGGGGUGGGAAGCAAGGAAAUGUACAGUGGUUGGACCUUCAGGACUGAACCGACACCAUUCGAUCUAAUGUUAAGCCAGAAUAGGAUCAGAAGGUUGGUCUGAUAUUAUACCACACAGUAAACCCCAAACAAAAGUUCACUGCUACCAUGACUCUGUAUCGAAGCUGAAUGGCAGAUCGCAGGCUGCCACAGAAAACAUACCUGUUAAUUAAAGCAAAAAAUAGGUUUUGAUGUAAGAGGAAACAGUGUAAGUGAGGUGUGUGAUUAUCUUAGCUGUCCUACUCUGGUUCAUGUGUUUUGGUGGUUUGUAUGAAUUUCCACUUCUGAAUCCUGUAAAAAGCUGAAUUGGAGGAAUAUACAGUGGUACAUGAUAAUAUUUAAGGACCACUGUCACCUCUACAGAACUGAGGUAGCUCUACUGCUCCAAUUUAUAAUUCUGAUGGUAUUUUAAAAACUGGAUUGCAUCACAUACACGACUGUGUUAUGAUGCACAGCGAUAUACUGCUGCAGCGACACUGCUGUUCUAGAAGCAAGUAAUCUCAUCUUCUGAAAUUGGGUUUGAAUCUUUUAAUUUGCUCAUCUACAAAACUGCUCAAAAAGACACACAACCUCUCAACUUACUAUGAUUUCAUUUUGUAAAUUAAUUUCAGGACAGAUAGGUGUUACACAUUGAUUCUUUUGGUUUAUGUGUAAAUGUCUUUGUGCUGUAAAUGUAUCUAAAAUAAAUUUCUUAUCCUUGUUUAAUGA